UAUCGAUUGUCGCCAGAGUCCAUGUAGAGAUGCCACUCUCACUUUAACCAGUCGCUAUGGUUAGUUCAUCAACAAAAUGCAGAAUGUUAUCUUCAGCACCUUAGAGGUUUUUCAUGCGAAACCAAACUGUAGUGACGAGCGCAGCAUUUCAAAUAAGCGUGCAGUUGUCAUACGACCCGAAGAAAAUGUCCCGACGUCUGCCAUUGUAAAAGUUUUACUGGAUCAGUAACUUAGAACUCCAGACGGCGGUUUUACCUUCACUAAGACUUUGUCAGAAUGGUGGACCUCUACAACUACACGUGUUCCUAUGAAGGACUUUUACUCCCCGUCAUGAGCGAAUACACAUGGUCAACGGGGUUACGAAUUUUUCUCUACCUGAUAGCUAUGUUUUGGUGUUUUCUGGGGACGUCUAUUGUCGCAGAUGCAUUUAUGUGUGGAAUUGAAAAAAUAACUAGUAAAACAAAGCUUAUUCGAAUUCCUAACGCUGAGAAAAAAGAAGACAAAUUUGUUGAAGUGAAAGUUUGGAAUGAUACAGUUGCAAAUUUAAGUUUAAUGGCGUUUGGAACAAGUGCUCCCGAAAUUUUAAUGUCAGUUAUUGAAAUCGUUGGAAACAAAUUCAAAGCAGGUGAACUGGGUCCUGGAACUAUAGUGGGCUCCGCGGCCUUUAACCUUCUCGUCAUCACAGGAAUCUGUAUCGUUUGUGUCCCUGAUGGAGAAAACCGCGUGAUUAAGAGCAUUCCUGUAUACGUUACAUGCACGUGUUUCAGCAUGUGCGCGUACAUUUGGAUGUUGAUAGUUCUGAAGCUGGUGACGCCGGGCGUGGUCGAUAUCUGGGAGAGCGUCGUGACGUUCUGUAUGUUUCCCGUCCUAGUGGUGACAGCGUUUGGUAUAGACAAAGGUUGCUGGUGCAAGAAAAAUAACAAAACUUCGUCAGAACUCGAGAUAGGGAUAGAAUUUAGUAAGAUAGAUGCUGAUGACGAAUCAGAAGCGACGGUGGACAUCAUUCACAUGGCGAAAGAUUUGAGCCGGAACCACAAAGACCUGACAGAGGACGAGGCGACCGUGUUACUGACCAGACAACUCCAGGAGCAUCAGCACCACAACACUGGGUGGUACCGGGUCCACGCCGUCAGGGGCCUUACAGGAGGCCACCGGCUGCUCCCCAAGAUCAACGCCACCCUCAAACAGUUAUACGACAAGAUUAACCGGCAGAAGGAGAUCGAACAACAUAUGAAUGAAAAUAUCGACGUAUCGACAGUUGAUCUAAGCGAAAGUGGAACUAGGGCUGUCGUGGAGUUUACGGCGUCUUCCGUAGCAGUCCUGGAGAACGAGGGGAAAGUCCGAGUGGGAAUAAGAAGAUACGGCAAAGUAGACAUCCCCGUCACAGUCUUAGUUGAAACGAUCGACGGAACCGCCGAGGCGGGGAGCGAUUACAAACCCUUGAAAGAGGAGAUCACGUUUGCCGUGAACGAGAGGUUGCGAGAGGUGUACAUAGAAAUCAUUGACGACGACGAGUGGGAACCAGACGAAAUCUUCUUCGUCAAACUUAGUAUACCCCACGAAUCGAAGGAUAUUGUGGUCGGGAAAAUGGCCAUAAAUCAAAUAACCAUUAUCAAUGAUGAUGAACCUGGUAAGCUAGAGUUUUCAAAGCCAAGCUACAUCAUCAGAGAAAGCAACGAAUGUGCUCAAGUGUACGUGAACCGCGUGAACGGUGCGGACGGCUUGGUGACCGUAAGGUGGCGCACCAAGGACCUGACCGCGGUCCAUAACAAGGACUACAUAGGGGGAGAGGGGACGCUAACGUUUGAACAUGGCGAAACCAGCAAGACCAUCAACCUCAAAAUAUUGGAAACGAAUAUUCAUGACGGACGCGGUCAUAAGGUGAUGGAGAGAGACCACAGUUUUCAGGUGGAAUUGUUCUCGCCAUCAACUGGAUCGGCCAUCGGAAAGAUCAGCAAAGCCAUUGUAACACUGGUCAAUGAUACGGAAUUUGAUGGUCUUGUUUCAAGAAUUGCUAAUAACACAAAGAAAAACCUAGAUGGACUCCGAUUAGACACAUCGUCAUGGAAGGAGCAGUUCAACGAAGCCAUGAACGUGAAUGGCGGAGACGUGGAAAACGCGACGGUCAUCGAUUACAUCUUACAUUUUAUAUCGUUCUUCUGGAAGGUUUUAUUUGCCUUCAUCCCCCCUCCGUCCAUUGCCGGGGGCUAUCUGACAUUUAUCGGGUCGCUGAUAUUGAUUGGUUUAAUGACAGCCCUGAUAUCCGACCUGGCAAGCAUCUUCGGGUGUCUGGUCGGUCUGGAAAAAACUGUGGUUGCCAUCACUUUCGUUGCCCUGGGCACCAGUAUGCCGGAUACGUUUGCCAGCAAGUUGGCCGCCAUUAACGAAAAGACAGCCGAUAGUUCGGUUGGUAACAUUAACGGGAGCAACGCUGUCAACGUCUUCCUUGGUCUAGGACUUCCCUGGCUGAUCGCCUCUAUCUACUGGGAGGCCAAGGGCGAAAGAUUUGAGGUUCCUACCGACACUCUGGUAUUUAGCGUCAUCUUAUAUACUUCCUGUGCUAUUCUAGCCAUUUUGGUUUUAUUCAUUCGACGGAGGCUUGCUGUUUUCGGAAACGGAGAACUGGGUGGGCCUAAGGUGCCUAAAUACGCUUCAGGGUUAUUUUUGGUUUUCCUUUGGAUCUUUUACGUCAUUAUGUCGUCAUUACAAGCUUACAAAGUCAUAGAAGUGAACAUCUAAACACCCGCUGGUUCGGCUGUGAGGUUUUUAUUCUGUCUGUGAUAUUUCAUUACUUUGUUGAUAUCUGCUAUUUAUGUUUGAAAUCAAUUAAAAUAUAUAAUUUAUAUCUCAA